UUAGUCUUCCUCCAUGGCCAAGUUAGUCGAUGGUCAAGGUGAAGAGGCUGUGGUAGGCCGAGUCGGCUAUUGGCUGGACAGUGGCGAUUUUGUUUCCACAGCAGAUCUGGAUGCUGAGCACAUCGGAGAGAUCGGCUUCCCUAGAGAUUGGCCAGGCGUCUAUGGCAGUAGCAAGGCCUUGAAGCAGUUGGUUGGAAAGAAGGGCAAAUGUGCUGGGAAGAAGGUCGGAGUAGUGCCUCUGCCAGAUGCCAGCCAGCUUUCACUGGUGAAAGGUGUGCAAUUUCAUCCGCUUCAAAGCUUUUCCAAUGCAGAGCGAGCAGCCAAAGCUGCUGGCAUUGACAUUGUGAGAGGAUGGGCUGUGUACGAGCACCUAGAGAAAGACGUCAGCGAGGCCUUUGUGGCUGAGAGAUUUUGGUGGAACUCCCUGGCAGAUGGCACCUGGGUGGAUUUCACCCCACGGCCCCAGAUGUUUCAGGAGAUGUUGCUGGCUGAAGCAGUGGAUGGUGCCCCCAAAGCACAGGAGCCUCUCAGCGGCCCACAGCAGAAGUUGCUGCAGCACCUUCUGGCCCAGCGCUUCCCCAGUGCCGCGGCAGCCGCGCCACCGGCUACGGCGCCGGCCGCGGCACCAGCCGCGGUGACAGCACCGGCACCAUCGGCACCCAAGGUGACUACCAAGAUCCAGCAGAAGGCGAAAACGCCCAUCACCCCAACGGCACCAGCACCGCAAUCCUUGAGAGAAUUGGCCCGACGUGUUCAGGCAGGUGAAUUGGAAGCAGUGAGGCAACUGGAUGAAAAGCUGCGUGGGGAUGAUGAACUCUGCGUGCAGAUUGCCAGCGAGGGCUUGGCGACACCACUGUCCAAGAUGUUGGGAGAUUCAAAACACCAGGAGGCUGCUCUGAAAUUGAUGCUCCUCCUGAGCGAUGCGGGUGUCUCCCAAUCCGCAGACGUGGGAACAGAGUUGAUCGCAGGGGGGGCGGUCCCGAAGCUGAUUCAGCUGUUGAGCAGCGACUCCAUGCAGGAAAUGGCUGCUGCCGUGUUGGGCAACUUGUGUCAUGAGAGUCCGGAAAAUCAAGAUAAGCUGGCGGACAACCAGAUGUUCCAAAAGUUGGUGGAGAUGCUCUCCUUCCCUGGUGCUGUGGCGCAAGAAGCCGCCUAUGCCAUUUGGAAUUUGACGGUGGGCCACGAGAAGAACAGCGACGCCAUCGCGCGGCUGGGCGCGGUACCCAAGUUGGCGGAGCUGCUGAAGAGCACCUCGGACAUUGCGCAGGAGAAUGCUGCGGGGGCGCUGAUGCACAUCACCAUCUCACAGGAGGCAAGAUCAGUGAUUGGCAAUGCCAUUCCCAAACUCUGCGAGUUGUUGCAGGGCAGCUUUGAACCAGAGGUGAGCACUCAAGCAGCUGGAGCGCUAUUGAAUUUGGCCAGUGAUUCUUCGGAAUACGCCAAGCAGAUUGUCUCCAAUGGUGCAGUCCCUUCCUUGGUGAAUCUGGUGAAAGAUGGCCCUGACUUGGCCAAGGAAUAUUCUGCAGGUGCUUUGAUGAACUUGAUGCGUGGGGACAUGGAGGUGGCUUCCAAUGCAGCCAAGCAGGGUGCUAUUCCCUCCUUGGCCAAUUUGCUCUCCAGACCUUCAGGUCAUUCCGAGUCUCUUGGUGCCUUGGCCAACUUGGCCUCGGGCAGUUCGGAACGUCAGAUCCAGAUCUACAAGGCGCAGGUCACGCGGAAGACCGUGGCGCUGCUGGGGGAUGAGGACGUGGACGUUCGGCGCUCCGCGGCGGCGCUGUUGAUGAACCUGGCGCCCCACGCGAAGAUCAAGGAACGCAUCGUGGAAGCACAGGCCCUGAAACCUUUGGCCAAAGCCUUGAAGGACAGUGAUGAAAUUUUGAAUGAACGGGCUGCAGGUGCCUUGGCCAACUUGUUCAAUGACCACAGCGCCAAUGUCCACGCUGGCUUUCAACAGGCCCCGGAGAUGAUUCCCUCCCUGGUGUCGUUGAUCCAGACACCUGGCCUUUCGGAAGAUGCCAAACGACAGGGUGCUCACGCCCUGGCGAUGUUGGCAGCUGAGGAUGGGCCAUGUGAUGCUGUUUGGCAGGCCGGAGCUGGUCCUCCCUUGUUGGUGUUGCUGAAGGAUAUGAUUGGUGAAGCAGCACUGGGCAUCAUGAACUUGUCAUGGAGAUGGCCUCAAGUGAAGGCGGAGCUGGUGAAGUCUGGCACUUUGGAGUAUUUGAUGGACAUGUUGAAACAUGGGGAUGACUUGGCCAAAGAGUAUGCAGCAGGCGCUCUGAUGAACAUGACGGCAGGAUCUCCUGACAAUGCUGAGAAGGCCACAGCUGCCGUGAAAGAUUUGUCCGAGUUGCUGAAGUCCAAUGCAGUGCAGGCAGCAGAAUGGGCCGCUGGAGCUUUGGCCAACAUCACCAGAUCAGGGCAAGCUGCGCAAGAGACAGCCAUCGAAAAUGGCGCGGCCACCUCCAUAGCAGCUCUAUUACCAAAGGUCACAGCCAAUGGGAUGAGCCUGGUGGUUUUGGCCCUGGCAUCUCUGGCGGAAACCCAAGGGAACAGUGUCUCUAAAGCCUUGGGAGCUGAAGCCAAAGCAAAGCUGAGGGAUUUCAGAGACAGCAACAACUCAGACCUGCAGGAGUACACCAAGACACUGGUGGAUAAGCUUGGCCCAGGCUUUUCCUUGUGAAACACGCUGAAACACGGCGAAACAUGGUGAAACAUGGUGAAACAUGGUGAAACAUGUUGUGAAACCACCGGUGAACAACUUGGAUCUC